CAGGGUAGAAAAGUCAUGAUGCCGGCUCUUUGAUUUUUGGCCUCUUGAAAAUGAAACUGAUCAUUCCUUUGGUGGAACUGGGACUUGGUCGUGAAUAGCACAGUGCCUAGGAACCCUUGCCGAAAUGCCGCUCACCUUUUGUCCAAACUGCAGCAAUGCGUUGACCAUAUCCAGAGGGCCCCCAACGUCGCAGUAUCCUCUCGGGGUUAAUCGCUUCGAAUGCCGUACCUGUCCUUACCAGUACGUCCUGGACCGGACAUAUUUCGAACGAACGGAAAUGAAACGGAAGGAGGUAGCAGACGUGAUGGGAGGGAAGGAUGAAUGGAAGAACGCUGAUAGCAUGGCGACUCAAUGCCCGGCGGAAGGCUGCGACGGCGACCGUGCUUUCUUUUAUCAGCUACAGAUCCGCAGUGCGGACGAACCUAUGACAACUUUCCUCAAAUGCACUACCUGCGGAGCUCGCUGGAGGGAAAACUGAACAAAACUCCUCUCUUCCGAUGCCGUCUUUACACGGGGGGUUACCUGCGACCGAUUUUGAGACGAUCACCUGCUCAAGGUUUGCGCAUUACUCAAUACUUCGUGUCAUCGCGGUAGAGGCAACCAUUGGAUCGCAGUAACUGUGUUAGGACUCAACCUAUAAGAGUCAUCAGGUGUGAUGAUAGAUGCCUAGUACGGAGUAACUACAGAAGUUUGGGCGUGGAACUUCACAUGAACCAACCAAGAAUUCUAGUCCCGCCACAUCCUUAUUUUCGAGAGCUGUCUUGCGAUUGGAAGAACGUCAGGCGAGAAUGUAAGCUUUAUGGCAGGGUGAAAGACGUGGCAGAUCGUGUGGCAAGCAAUUCGAGUGU